GGCUGUUUUUCUGGGGGGUCACCAAUACCUCGCGGGAGUCUACCAUGUACCCCAAGUCCGUGCAGGACCUGUGUGGCUGGAAGGUCCGCAGUCUGGCGUGCGGGAAAAGCAGUAUCGUUAUCGCUGCAGACGACAGCACCAUCAGCUGGGGACCCUCCCCCACCUUUGGGGAACUGGGAUACGGAGACAACAAGGCCAAGUCCUCCACUACUGCUCAGGAGGUGAAGACCCUGGAUGGAGUUUACACUGAACAGGUGGUGAUGGGAUACGCACACUGCCUGGUCAUCGCCAGACAGGAUACUCCACAGGAACAAGAGAAGCUCAAGAAGCUGCCAGAGUACAACCCACGCACGCUCUGAUAGGGCACCAUCCAGCUGCCUCACCUUUUAUUUUUUUACUCCAGAGACAACCGAUUCUCCAGAAUGCACCUGCCCUUUAUGUCACCUUUGUAAGUCAUGAUGGAUGGCUGGGGAGGGUGGGCUUCCAUGAAUAUGUAUGCAUACACUUUGAAAAACAAGUCAGGUCUAGGCCAUAGAUUCAGAGGUUAAAUGAAAAAAAUGCGCCACAACAACUAAGACUGAAACAAAUCCACUGGACAGAAUACAUCCUGCUCACAACGCUUGUCAGAUUUCUACAGCUGGAUAGAGGAACUCUACCACUCAACUCUCCAAGCACGUUAUUCCUCUCUGGGUUCUACUCCUACCCCAAAAUCCAUGCAACUCCACUGAAGAGUUCACUAUAUUUUCAUGAAGUCUUUUUAUUCUUCUGUUGAACUGAUCAAUGUCCUCUCCCUCACCAUAACAGGUGCUACAUCAGUCCUCUUUGGGCAGAUUCAUUUCCAAGUGAGGGAUCACUUCAAGACCAACACUCCAUGCCUUUUAAAAUUGUCGUUUGGGGGUAUGGAGUAAAUGUUUCUUUGUGUUUGUUCCCAAAGACCAAUUGCUGAAUUUAGUUUAAUUUGUUCAUGAGGUCCAUGGCAGUAUUAGUCUUUGUCAGGUCGAUCUGUAUGCAUUGUCAGAACACAAUCGGGAUCUGAGACAUUUGUGUCACCAAGUUGAUGCUCUCCGGCCAUUGACUUAUGUUACAUUCUUUGGUUUCUCUUCACUUGUAUGAUUAAAUGUUGGCGUUGAGGAUGCGCAACUGUCCCUCAAAGGCCACUGUCUGCUUGUUGUCA